AUGUCUGUACAACAGUAUCUGAUAUUCAACUUGCGAUUACAGGUUCUGAUAAAAGUAUUUGAACACUUGAAACCAGAGUUUCUAAAAAUCAACCCGAAUCAUACCAUCCCAACAAUUGACGACAAUGGUUUCAUCUUGUGGGAGAGUCGUCCAAUUAUGACCUACCUGUGGAACCAAUAUUCUACAAAUGACAGCUUGUACCCAAACGACCCGAAAAAGAGAGCAGAAGUGGAAAAAAUGCUACAUUUUGAUAUAGGAACAUUAUACAAGAGCAUUGCUGAAUAUAUACUCCCUAUGUUGCUACGCGGAGCACCUCCAGAUCAAGAAAAGGAAAAAGUUAUGAGACAGAAAGCAAAAAUACUGGACAAUAUUUUACAGAAACAACCCUAUGUAGCUGGACAAAACCUUUCUCUUGCUGACCUCUCUAUUCUCGCAGGGAUAACAUUUCCUGAAGUGAUUGACUAUGACCUCGUAGAAUUUUCAAACAUUCAGUUGUGGAUCAAGAAAAUGAAGGUAGAACUUCCAUACUAUGAAGAAUUCAUCACCCAGCCAAUUGAAGAUUUUAAAACCACAAAGGCUAACAAAUGAACAUUCAUGAAUAAAAUAUGA